GUGAUGCGUCGGAGGGUCAUAGAGAAGUCAAACCUGAGCCCUCUGUUUUGAUAUUUUUGUUUCCUUUCCAGAAACCAAACCAGACGAUCGAAAACCGAAGGAGCACGUUGGAAUACCCAGAGAACGCUGAAAUCCCGUCAGAAAAAUCAUGGAAGCUGAAAUUUCACUCUUUUCUUGCUAUCCUUGUUCAUAUAUCUUCCUGGAUCACUCUAUUCGCUUCAUACCCAUCACGAUUCACUCGCUAAUUUACAGACAAAGUAGUAAGCAUCAUGUGGCAGUAUAUUAAUGGAGGAACGAGUGCAAGAUUCCUAUCCUCUUCUGCUAGGGCCUCUAAAUGGUGGGACCAUGUGAGAAUCGCAGAGAAGGACCCCAUUGUCGCGGUGAAGGAAGCUUUUCGUGCUGACCCAUUUCCCCACAAGAUCAAUCUUGGAGUGGGGACUUACAGGGAUGAUGAAGGUAAGCCUUUUGUUCUCCAAAGUGUUCGUGAUGCAGAAGCUGAGAUUAAGGGGUGUAAAUUCGAGGAAUUAAGCUCUUCCGCAGUCAGUUCAAAGUUUGUUCUGGAGAGUGUGAAAUUGGCAUAUGGAAAUGAUUCACAUGUUGUCAAAGAAGGCUUGUUUGCUGGAGUUCCGGCUCUCUCUGGAACUGGUGCAUGUCGGCUCUUUGCUGAAUUCCAAAGGAAUUUCUGUCCUGAUUCUCAAAUUUAUCUACCAAAUCCAACCUGGUCAAACCACCACAACAUAUGGAGACAGGCUGGAAUUCCGGUCAAAAUGUUUCACUACUACCAUCGUGAUACAAAAGGUUUAGAUUUUUCAGCACUCAUGGCUGAUGUGAAGAAUGCACCAGAUGGUUCAUUCUUCUUGCUCCAUCCCUGUGCUCAUAAUCCAACCGGUGUUGACCCAACUGAGGAACAGUGGAGAGAAAUCUCAUAUAAAUUCAAGGCAAAAAAUCAUUUUCCCUUUUUCGACAUGGCUUAUCAAGGUUUUGCAAGUGGGGAUCUUAACAAGGAUGCCCGGGCACUGCAGAUUUUUUUAGAAGAUGGACAUUUAAUAGGCUGUGCUCAAUCAUUUGCUAAGAUUAUGGCAUUAUUUGAGCAUAAAGUUGGUUGUCUUAGUGUUUUGUGCACCGAUAAAGAGAAAUCUGCUGCUAUGAAAAGCCAGCUGGAGAAGAUUUCACUUGCAAUGCAUAGCAACCUCCCUAUGCAUGGUCUAUUAUUGGUUACGAUGAUCUUGAGCGAUACAGACAUGAAAUCACUCUGGAGAAAAGAGUUGAAGGAUAUGGCCAAUCGAAUCCAAACAAUGCGAUCUACCUUGCGUCAGAGCCUCGAGAAAUUGGAUUCUUCUCUCAACUGGGAGCAUAUAACUAAGCAGGUUGGCAUGUUCAGCCUUUCAGGAUUAUCCCGUGAUCAGGUUAAACAAUUGGAGAAGGAUUUCCAUGUAUACAUGACUCCAGAUGGACGAAUAAGCAUGGCAGGUGUGACUAGAAGCAAUGUGAAAUAUGUGGCAAAUGCAAUAUAUCAAGUGACCAGAAUGGAUGAAGAAGUUUUAUGUGCUGGUAACUCCGGGAAUCAGUAACUCUUCCAACUUCGGAUUCUCUUAAUUUUGAAUGAGAAAAUGACUCAUUUUAAAGUGCAUCUCAAUUUUUUUUUUGGCCAAUUUGAAUGGUUCUUUUUUCUUCUUCAUUUAAAAAUAUGAACCAUUCAAAUUAACUUAUCAAAAUUUAUUCAAAAUGACCGCAAUUUCUUCUCAUAAAAUUGAGAAUCCAAAGUCCCUCGCUAACUUGUGCUGACCGCACAUGUCAACCAUGUAGUUUUUCACUGAUUGCCUUCUCCAAGUAGGAAAUACAAGGUUCAUGGUUUACAAGCAUGCCAGAACACAUCAACACUAGAUUGUGGUAAUGAUUGUAAGUAAAUAGUUUCAUUGCAGUACAAUGAACAGCUACAUAAUAUAUAUAUAUAUAUAUAUAUAUUUGGCCAAUAUACAUAUAUAGAUGAAAUAUCA